UUCGUCAAAAUAGCCAACUACCAGGACCUGUUGGGCAGCCAUCAUCAACUGCUCAUAGCCGCCACCGCCGCCGCCGCUGCAGCAGCCGCCGAACCGCAACUGCAUCUGCAGCACUUGUUGCCAGCAGCGACGACGACGCCAGCAGCCAUUAGUCACCCGAUUAGCCCGAUCAGCCCGAUAAGUCCGAUCAAUCCGAUCAGCAGCAAUAGCCAGAGCCACGCCCACAGCCUCAACCAGAACAACAACCAGCAGACGGUGUUUGAAAAAGCCAUCACCAUUUCGUCGAUUGCGAUUAAACGCAGGCCGACGCUGCCGCAGACGCCAGCAAGUGCCCCACAGGUUCUGUCGCCGUCGCCCAAGCGCCAGUGUGCCACCGCAGUCUCUGUCCUGCCAGUGACCGUUCCGGUGCCCGUGCCCGUCUCCGUGCCGCUGCCCGUCACCGUACCCGUGCCUGUUACAGUCAAGGGCCACCCGCACUCGCAUCCGCACUCGAUCCCGCCCCACUCGAUCUCGCAUCCGCACCACGCUCACUCGCUGAGCUUUGCCCAUCCCACUCAGUUUGCCGCAGCGGUAGCCGCCCACCACCAGCAACAGCAGCAGCAGGCACAGCAAGUGCAACAGCAGCAGGUGCAGCAGCAACAAGUGGCCUACGCGGUGGCCACAGCCCCGCAACUGCAGCAGCAGCAACAGCAGCAGCGUCUGACACAGUUCAACCAGGCGGCAGCAGCGGCCCUGCUCAACCAGCACUUGCAGCAGCAACAACACGCCCAGGCCCAAGCACAGGCCCAGGCUCAGGCUCAGGCCCAGCAGGCGCAACAGCAAUCUCUGGCCCAUUACUACAGAUACGCACCCCAGCAGCAGCAACAGCCGCAGCAACAUAUCUUGCUCAGUAGCGGCGGAAACAGCAAACAAGUCAGCAACACAAACACACCAGCAACUGCAGCACCUAUAACAGUUGCAGCAGCCACCGUUGCCGCUGUGCCGACGAGCGGCGGCAGCUUGCCGGACAGUCCCGCCCACGAAUCGCACUCGCACGAGUCCAACUCCGCGACCGCCUCCGCACCGACCACGCCCUCGCCGGCAGGCAGCGCCACCAGCGGCGCCCCCACAACAACCACCACAGUUGCACCAACCGCCGCCGCCACAUCGGCAACAACCGUUAGCGACAGCAACAACAACCUGAGCAACAGCAACAGCAACACCAACACCAAUAGCAGCAGCAGCAACAGCAGCAGCAGGGACUUAAUGGAAAACCAGAUGGCCCUAGUCCCGCUGGGACUUUCGCAGAGCAUGGACUCCGUGAACACGGCCAGCAAUGAGGAAGAGGUCCGCACACUUUUUGUCAGCGGUUUGCCGAUGGACGCCAAGCCGCGUGAGCUGUACUUGUUAUUCAGAGCCUAUGAGGGCUAUGAAGGAUCUCUCUUAAAAGUAACUAGCAAAAAUGGCAAAACUGCAUCGCCCGUUGGCUUUGUGACAUUCCAUACACGAGCUGGAGCUGAGGCUGCCAAACAGGAUUUGCAGCAGGGUGUACGCUUCGAUCCCGAUAUGCCCCAAACAAUUCGCUUGGAAUUCGCCAAGAGUAACACGAAAGUGAGCAAACCCAAACCACAGCCCAAUACAGCGACAACAGCCUCACAUCCUGCAUUGAUGCACCCACUCACUGGACAUCUGGGUGGGCCAUUCUUUCCGGGCGGACCAGAGCUUUGGCAUCAUCCGCUAGCAUAUUCGGCUGCCGCCGCCGCCGAGUUGCCCGGAGCUGCUGCCCUGCAGCAUGCCACACUAGUGCAUCCAGCCCUGCAUCCGCAGGUGCCAGUGCGCUCUUAUCUCUGACUAAAUACAGACAAAGUAAUGGAGCAGCCAAUGCAUCAAACUCAAAUGACAAUGCCGCCACAUCAUCAGACCACUGCUACUGCUAUUCAUCCGGGAGCUGCAAUGGCUCACAUGGCUGCCGCUGCGGCAGCUGUAGCGGCCGGUGGGGGAGGAGGUGCUGCCACGGCAGCCGCCGCCCCCCAGGGCGCUGCUGCAACAGCGGCGGGUAAUGUGGCUGCUGCCGCUGCCGCCGCCGCUGCGGCCGCCUCUCAUCACCAUUUUCUGUCCAGUCCGGCCCUGGCCAGCCCCGCUGGAUCCACCAACAAUGCCAGUCACCCGGCCAACCCCCAGAUCGCAGCCAAUGCUCCCUGCUCCACGCUGUUCGUGGCCAACCUUGGACAAUUUGUGUCCGAGCACGAGCUGAAGGAGGUCUUCUCUAGUAUGCCUGGCUUUUGUCGCCUACGAAUGCACACAAAAGCAAUGGCAGCAGUAACUGGCUCAAGCUGCUCCACCAGUAACGGAAGCGGUGCAAGCGGUACGUCGCCUCAACAUCCGGUGGCGUUUAUCGAGUUCAAGGAUCCACCGAGCGCAUCUCAGGCCAUGCAGCAGUUGCAGGGCAAAUACCUGCUCAGCUCGGAUCGCGGCUCCAUUCGCAUCGAGUUUGCCCGCAACAAGAUGAUCAAUGAGGUGGCCAUUAUGAACAUGACCCACAAGCCACCACCACCGCCACCUCCAGUGGCAGCCGUUUCCGUAGCGCCUGCAACUGCACCACCGCCCCCAGCAGCGGCACCUUUGUACAUUCUUAACGGGGGCGUUGGGGUGGAGCAACUGCUCGUCACUGCACCACCGUCACAGCCGCAGCUUCAGAUGCAGCAACUGCAACAGCAACUGCAACUCCACCAGCAGCAGCACCAACAGCAGCAACUACAACUGACAGUGGCAGCACCCUGCACCACAGCAAGCACCACCACCAACAGCACCACCACUAGCGUUGUUGUUAACUCACUACAGCACCACCAACUUCAUCAUCCAAAUCAGCACCACCAAAAUCAUCUCUUUAGAGACAGGAGCGGGUAUGGAAUCACGGCAUGAUUUGCUCGCUAAGAAGCUAGAGCGGGAAAUGCAGCAGCCGACGCAAGUGCACCACUCGGCGCAUCAGCAGCAGCCACAGCAGCAGCAACAUCACCAUCCUUCGGCGCAACAGCAUUACCACCAUAGCCACCCGGC